AUGGAGCAUCUGAAUAAUGAAAAUUUGAUGGUAAAUGAAUUAAUUGAGGAAAGAACAGGUUGGUGGAAGAUUGAUGUAGUUAGAGCUCUCUUUGAUCCAAGGUUGGCAAAUCUGAUUUUGAAGAUUAAUAUCUGUUUAUCUGAAGAAGACUCUUGGUUUUGGACUUCGGAAAGAAGUGGUUCAUACUCCGUUAAGAGUGGUUAUAAGGUCUUACAAUGGGAAGCUUCUCAGAUUCUUGGUGAAGGGUCUAGAGGUGAACAAAUUUUGAAAUUCUGGAAGUCCUUAUGGCAAUUGAAGAUUCUCCAUAAAAUGAAGAUAUUUGCAUGGAGGGCUUGCCACGAUUACUUGCCUACUUUCCAGAACUUGAGACAAAGGAAGAUAAAAGAUGAGGAUAGAUGUGUUUUUUGUCAUCUGUGUUUUGAAGAUACAGCCCAUGCAUUAUUUUUCUGCCCUAUGAUUCAUGAUGUGUAUAUGCAGUAUUUACCAUCUUUGCAAACUUUAAACUCCCCUUUAUCUAUUUGGGAUGUAGUGUUGCAUAUUAGUGAUAAGGGUGGUCUUGAAAUGCUUACUACUUUUUUUGUUAUUUGCUGGGCUUUAUGGUACCGAAGGAACCAGUUUUUGUAUGAAAAGGUGGUGCAUCCUUGUUCAACAGUGAUUAAUAAUGCCCUUUCGAUGCAAUCAGUUUACAAACAAGUGCAAGAUCUUGAUGGGGUUAGCAAGCAAGUAAAUACGGUGCUUAGUUGGUCUCCAUCCCCACCGGGCUUCCUGAAAUUAAACGUGGAUGGUGCUAUAUUUCCUGAUCAUCAUAAGGCAGGUAUUGGGAUCAUACUUCGGGAUGAAAAAGGUGAUGUGAUUGCUGCUUGUAGUAAGUUAGAAGGUGAUGUUGCUUCUCCCGAAUUUAUUGAGGCCACUGCUUUGCUGAGGGGUUUACAAUUUUGUGCUCAAUGGGGUGUUCCAAAAUUGGUUCUGGAAACAGAUUGUUUGAUUCUUGUCAAUGCAUUGCAAUCCCAAACUAAUUUUCUCACUGAUUUUGCAUUUCUCUUAAAUGAUAUUAGUCGUAUGAUGAGGGGCUUCCAAGAAGUGCAGAUUUUACAUGUUAACAGGUUGGGUAAUAUUGUAGCUCACCAAUUAGCAAGAAAUGCAUGGAAUGUUGAGGAUAUUGUAAUGUGGUGGGGCUCUUGUCCUUCUUUUGUAUCACAAGCCGUAUGGCUUAAUAGAAACAAUGUUAUGUAA